GCUCAAAUUUGGGAGAGGCCGUGGAGCCUGGAGGAAAUGCGGCAGAGUGCCGGCAACUGGUCGCUGGCGGCCGACUCUGGGCUCCUUUUGUUCCUCCAAGACUUCUCUCAGCGAAUGUUGUCCAAGACUCACGAGAUGGAAAAGCAGCUGGACAGUCUGAUCCGAGACACCAAGGCCACCGACAGCAGCCUGCACUCGGUCUUCAACGACUUCCUCAUGCUCUCAAAUACGCAAUUUAUCGAGAACAGAGUUUACGAUGAAGAAGUUGAGGAGCCCGUGUCCAAAAAUGAUGGUGCGGAAAAGCAGCCUGAUCAGAAAAGUCGAGUACCGAAAGAAUCCGAGCUGAUCCCCAAGAUGCAGCAAGCGGUGAAUUUCGGCUUAGGGGUGCUGGAGUCUGCCUUCGAGCACCUGGACAUCAAAGCGGGGAACUCUGAUUCCGAGGACGAGGAGGGCAACGACCGACUGGAUGCCAUCUUGGAGCCCAAGGAUCUUUACGUGGACAGACCUCUCCCUUUACUGAUUGGCUCCCAAGCCUUUAUGGAACAAGAGGACGUCGGUCUCGGCGACCUGUCUAGCGAUGAACUGUCAGUGGACAGCGAGCGAGACAGCGUGAUCGACAGUGAAGACGACAAAGACGCACAAGAUCAUUCAGACGAGGACUUUAUGCAGGAGGAUGAUGACGGUCGCCGUAGUAUCAGGAAGAAGUCAUCUAUGUUGAGCUACGAAGAGGACGAUGACGAUUCUGACAUAUUUGGAGAGUCUGAUAAGGAGGAGGAGAACACAAAGAAUGCAGGCCCGUCGUCCUUCGCCGACGAACUCGCCGCAAGAAUUAAAGGCGAACUGGUUGGCAAACCGACGGGGGAUCGAGCCUCUUUGUCAUCAAGGAAGAAAAGUAAAAGUAAAAACCAAGCAAAGCCGACACGCUCGGACGUGGCUGACGACGAUAGUGACGACAUGUUCAAACCUCCAGAAAUGGACGACGACAAAGACGAAGACCACGUCUCACCGUUCGGCACCAAGAGUGGUCUCUUCAGCGGAGGGAAAGGACUCUUUGACGACGAUGACGAAGGUGAUCUCUUCUCCAACACAGCGACGCUUCCCGUGUCCACAGAGGAAAAAUCAGCAAAUGAAAGCAUCGAGAGCGACACUCGAGCAGCAGAACCUGAAAAAAGUGUCAAGAAAGUUCCAGCUGGUGCUGUUUCGAUAUUUCCAGGCAACAGCCUGUUCGGUCCUGUGGGAGACUUAACAGAAAACGGAGCGACACACAGCAAAAGCAACGUCCCUCCUAAACAGGCCCCCACCAGCGGGGGGCUGUUUGACGAAGAGGACGACGACGAUGACUUCUUCAGUGCUAAAAACCUGAAAAACGCUACACAGGAAAAAGCCAAAGCUAAAAUAUCCGCCGACCUUUUCAACGAAGACGACAAGGACCGUGACAUAUUUGGUGAGACGGCGGAUAGGAACAAGAAGGUGGAAGAGCCGCCGGUUAAACCGCCAGAAAAGAAGAUGCCAGCCGGUGCAGUCUCCAUGUUCGGUCCCGGAACGAAAAACUUGCUGACAGAGAGCUUGAAGAAACGUCAUCUUUCUUCCAGUGAGGAAUCGGAAAAAUCGGAAAAGAACGGUUCGGUUCCAAACGUCAGCCCGGCUCCGACCAAGAAACCCCUGACGAGCGGCAUCUUUUCCGAUGACGACGACACUCAAAUCUUUGCAACCAUCCCCAGGAGUCAGUCUCUUCCCCAAACCAAGAAUCAGAGCAGAAUCAGCAAGCAACAUGUGACCUUUUUCGACGAUGAUCACGAAGAGGAUCUCUUUGCAUCUGCUUCCAAGUCCAAAGCAAAACCCAAGCCAGCGAACACAUUGAAACCGCAGCCCACCAAAGCCAUUUCUGGCUCCCUCUUCAGUGAUGACGAGGAUCAGUGGCUAAGCCCCAAAACGAACAAUGAGGCGGCAGCUGUGAAGUCCGGCGGCGAGCCGGCAGCCAUGAAGUCCAGCGUCAGUGCACCCUCCGGCCUCACCGGUGUUGCCGCGUCGCCGAGAAGCAGCCUCUUUGAUGACGACGACGACGACGACCUCUUCUCGCCACCUAAAGAAUUGAGUCAAAAGAAACCCAGGAAAGUUACUCUUUUGUUCGAAGACGACCAUGACGAAGACACAGCGUCCUUAUUUGGAAUUGAAACAGAUGACGGCACAAACGUGGCAACUAAACCCAAUUCCAUGUUAGAAAAAUCGACAGAAUCUGCGGUGAAAGAGAAGCUCGCCGAGAGUAAAAAGAUACCCGUGGGCGGCGUCAGUGUGUUCGGUGGCAUCGGUGUCCUUCCCAAAAAGAGCAUUUUGGAUGGCAACGAAGACCUCUCCGUACCGAAGGCCAAUGUUACUGCUCAAGAAAAAGUCAAAACGAAAGCUCUGAGUCUAUUUAACGAUGACGACGACGAGGACGACGAGCGGGACUUCAUUUUUCCUCCCAGUAAACCUGUGGUCAAAAUCAUGGCAAAGAAGCGAGCGCAAACAAAAAGCACCGGCGUGUUCCUGAAUGACGAAUUGUUGUUUAGUCCGACCCAGCAAAAGGACAACCAUCCCGACGUUGACCUUUUCGCCUCCUCGGACAAGAACGCGAGCUCCAAGAUCAGUUCAGGAAAACCGACAACACCGAGCCUGUUCGCGGAAGACGAAGAGGAUGACCUGUUUGGUUCCGGCAAGACCCAAUUUCAGCCUCUGAAAGUAGCAGAGAAACCCAGCGGGUCAAAUGACAAGGCGCCGCCAGGUUCAGAUGUACAGAAACCUGCGCCAAGUACCAUAAAAGAACCGUCGUCGAAGAUCGGCAAACUUCAAGCAAGUCUGAAGAUCAAUCCUGCCAUGUUUCUUCCUGGCUCCACCCCUGCGAUCCCCGGUGCUGUAAGCGUUCUCCCAGUUCCGGAGGCCACCUCCUCUUCCAGUGUCUCGAGCUCCAGCGUGAGCCCCGGUCCCGCCACCACACCGAGCGGUGAGGCGGGAUUGAGCUUCGACGCGCCGGUUCAGAUUUCUUUGUUGCACAGCGCAAACAAGGGACGCGUCAAAGGUUCUCAAGGUCGAAGACCGCCGUCCAGAGCGGCCAGGCUGGCGUCUCAAAGAUCGGCGGAGCAACAAGACGACGUCGUACCGGUCAAAACGCAGAAGCCGGCUUCAACUCCACUCUCGCCUUCUCUACCAACGCUGCCUGUUACUAACAACACCAUUAAAGUUAGCAACAAAGCGAGAGCGUCGACCUCCUUUGAGGAUGACAUUUUUGCCUCCGAGAGCAUUUUCGGAUCGGUUGCCAAGGCCGAACGUCCUUCCGUGGCGGUCACCAAGAAAGACAUGAACAACCUCCCGUCCAUUUUCGACCACGAUAGCGACGACCUCUUUCGAACGGUGAAACCCAAGACCGCUAAGGCGUUGCCAUUUUUGGAAGACGACGACAUCUUUGCAGAGAAAAGCAGCUCGGCGUCCAUAAGUAGCAAAGAUGUCAAGAACAGCAGCUUUCCCAAGACUGAUAUUUUUGAGGACAACAAUAUCAUCUCACCAAAAGCCUCUAAAAAGGACAAAAAAGACAAACCCGUCGACGUCAGUCUGUUCGACGACAACGUCGACAUCUUUGCAGAUUUGUCGGAUUCUUUCACACCAAAACAGAAAACCAAGACAAAAGCGGCCACAGUGUCCAUUUUUGACGACGACAUGGAUGACAUUUUUGCACCAAGCACAGUCAAGACGACGACAAAAUCCACCUCAAAAACAAAAAGGAAGCCUCCCACGGUAGAGCCCGGCACAACAGUGGACUCUACUAACAUUUUUGAUGAUCCGCUCAACGUUUUCGGUAGCAAUUAA